GAUACUCAAUCUCCUGACCUGGUCAGGAGAUUGGCCUCCCAAAGUGCUGGGAUUACAGCUGUGAGCCACCAUGCCGGGCCCAGUCGAAUUUCUUACUGUGAUUGUUAUGAAUGGGCCCAGUUGAAUUUCUUAGUGUGAUUUUUCUGAACGUUCAGGUACUGGUUACGUUAGGAAUAGAUUAUAAAAUUACAUGCUUUGUUAAUGAAGAACUUGGUGAUACUAUUAAUAAUAGUAUUGUUGAUAAGUUUCAAUUACUGAACACUUAGCACAGGGCAGACAAAGUGCUGAGAUUUCUGUGGAUUAUCUCACUUAGUCCUUAAAAGAACCCAAUGAAAUUAGUACUGUUAUUGUCUCCAUUUCACAGUUGAAAGAAUAAGGCUUAGUUUAAAAAACUUGGAUCAGGUCAUACAAAGUAGGAAAGUCAGAAUUUGAACCCAAGCCUAUUUGCCAACACACUGAGAAAACGUUCCUCUCUUUAUGGUAUGAGGCUUGUCCAGACAUUAAGUGAUUUUUAAGGAUGAUGAGCAGAUAAAGUAAAAUCAAAUGUAUUUGUUACACGGUGGCUGUUCAGUUAAUGUUAUUCUUCCCCUUUCUUUUGCUCUAUACUAAAUAUGAAUAAUAGAGGGAAAAUUUGGCUUUAAAAAAAUGACUGACCUAUCUAGAGUAGUUUCAGAAUGAUUCUGCCUUACAGUAGGGGAUCCUAAGGUUAGAGUCUAUGAUUGAUUUUAAUAUGACACUUCAUGGAAAAUAUGGGCUGUGACAUGUCUGUGUGUGUUAUGAUACACAAAGAAAUAGAACUAGAUGUUUUCCCUUUGCUCUUAACUAAAUAUGCUGUAUCUUAUUUCCUAUAAAAUAAUUUAAAAAAAUUUUAAGUGUUUUUUUUCCUUCAACUUUUAAGUUCAGGGGUACAUGUGCAGUUAUUUUCAUUUAUUAAAAAAUUUAUUUAGAGAUAGGAUGUUACCCUGUUGCCCAGACUGCAGGAUAGUGGUGUGAUUAUAUCUUACUGCAGACUUGAACUCCUGGGCUUAAGCAAUCCUCCUGCCUCAGCCUUUCAAAUAGCUAGGACUACGGGCUAACACUAUCACAUCUGGCUAAUUCAGAAAAAAAAAAUAAUAAAAUUAAAAAAAUAUAUAUAUAUAUGUAUGUGUUUUUAAGAGAUAAGUCUGACUGGUUGCCUGAUCUAGUCUUGAACUCCUGACCUCAGGCCAUCCUCAGCCUCCCCAGUCACUGGUAUUACAGAUGAAAAUAUGUUUUAUUUUAAAAAUAAGGAAGAUGAUUGACUUUUUCUCACCAGGCAAUUAACACCACAUAGUACAUGUUGAGGAAGUGGGUGUUUCUUGCUUUCUAUUGUUAAUCUGAUGAUAGGGAGGGUGGAGAGCACUUUGAAAAAAUAUUUGUAGAAGGAGGAGAGCUGGAAGUGAGCUGAAUUAGAAAGUCUUUUGCGUAUCCCGAAUUAAGGGCGUUCUUGAAUUUUUAGAAGACAUUUCCUUGAGGUACACAGUAGUUUCUCAAUGAGGUACAGAGUUUAAAUAUGUAAACUUGGCUUCAAAUACUCUUAGGAGAUCCUUAUUUUUUAAAAUUAAUUUUUUGUUUAGGGGCUCAGUGUACUUUCUUAUACUUGUAGGAAAGAAAAGGGCAUUGCCUGCAUAUUGACCCUUGGAAGCUAGAUUGCCAGAUGCUGCUGCUAAUAGCAGCUAACACUUACAUAGGACUUACUGCUAUGUCCUGUGCGUUGUUCCAAACUUUGUGUGUAUACACUAGCUCAGUCCUCACAAUAGCCAUCAGAAAUAGCUUGAUUAUUGUGCUUCAUCAAGUCUAAAAUAUAUUGAUGAUGCUUUCUGGCUCUUGCUAGAAGAUGCUAACAAAAGGCUUUCACACAACUAUAUCUCUAGUGACACCUGAUUUAUAGUAGCAAUUGCAAGAUGUCUUGUAAGACGGAAAUGUAAGAUGCACCCCAAUUUUAAAGAAGUUAAAAUAAGAAAGCAUGUUAGAAUUGAUGAAAUAGAAUCUCAUUCCUAUUUUACAGAUGAGGAUCCCAAGGCAAAAAAGAUUAAGUACGUUUUCCAAAGUUACAGUUAAGUACUCAGUAUGUGCCAACCAUUGUGCAGGGCACUCCAUAAACAGUAUCUCAUUGAAUCCUUAGAACAAUAGUGUGAGGUAGUGUAUAUUCUUUUUUAUAGAAUAGAAACCUGGACAUCAAAGGCCCAGAGACAUCAAAGUAAUUAGUAUCUGGGAGACUUGGGAUUCAAACCCAGCUCUGCUUGUCUUUGUGAGUUUCCUAUUAGGUUACCUUGUAAGAUACCAUACUACGGAUCACUUUAAAGCCCAAUAUACAUUUGUAACAAAAAUGAGUAAUGGCUAUGAAGCCUUGGGUAGAAUAGACAUUGUACUUGGAGCUAGGAUAUCUCGAUUCUAGAUUGUGCAAAUCAUUCUACCUCUCUGGGAUCCGUGUUGUCCUUUAGAAAGCUGAACCCAGAGAGUGGAAGGUCUGAAUAUUUAUUUUUAGAUCAAGAAAGCAGAUAAUUGUCUUAAAAAUACAAUCUGAAAAGUACAAAUUGUGAUUAAUAUUGAUGGUGGUAUCAGUACCUUCAGUUUGUGGCAUUUGGUUUGUUAACAUUCCCUUUAUGAUUACUUGGUCAGUAUUGCUAUCCUGAAUAGAAAACAGAACUCAUGAAGAUCAUUUGUAGACUUAUGCAUGUGAUUACCUAUGAAAAUGAAACACAUUAGAGAUUGUUUCAUUUAAGUCUUUGAAUUCCACUUGUCUUUCUAGAAUAUAAUUCCAUUGGUGACAGCGUUUUUUCCUGUUCUUUAAGUGAUAUAAAAAGCAUAGUUAUACCACCUUUUUUUUUUCCAAAUUAAAAUUAAAGAGGAAAUCAGGUAGUCACAGUGUCUUCUUGCAUCAUUCUCACUGCAGGACUGAUAUUGUUUGCUGCUGCUCUAUUCAGUUUGAGGGGAAGCCUCCAAAUGAGUCAACAUUAUUUUGGAAUUGCUUUUCAAUUCUUAGCUCUUAGUUCCAAUAACUUAGAGCCAAGUGUGUUGCUAUGAUACGACAUGCUAUAAUGUUGAUGUCCAAGUUGUCAUUUUUUGGAGAGGAAUUCUGUUAUAUGUCAUUAAUACGGGUGACCUACACCUGAAAAUACCCAAGCUAUAAAGAUAGGUAAGGCAUCAUCUGUAAAGUGUCUCUCUUUAUAGUGUGCAAAUAGAAUUUUGAAUGUUUGUAGAGGCUCUGCCCUUAUCCAUGGGCUUGCCAUACCUGAAACGUGAGGCUGCAGAUCUGCACCGGAGCCCUCUGAGGAAGCACACUGCAGUGGCUCUUGGGGCUCAGCAUUCAGGAGUUUUCAGCAUAAGGUGAACCACUGAGUUCUUCAUUAUGUCUGAUGGAGAUUAUGAUUACCUCAUCAAGUUUUUAGCUUUGGGAGACUCUGGCGUAGGGAAGACCAGUGUACUUUACCAAUACACAGAUGGCAAAUUUAACUCCAAAUUUAUCACAACAGUGGGCAUUGAUUUCAGGGAAAAGAGAGUGGUGUACAGAGCCAAUGGGCCGGAUGGAGCCAUUGGCAGAGGCCAGAGAAUCCAUCUGCAGUUAUGGGAUACAGCAGGGCAGGAGAGGUUUCGUAGCUUGACGACAGCGUUCUUCAGAGAUGCUAUGGGUUUUCUUCUACUUUUUGAUCUGACAAAUGAGCAAAGUUUCCUCAAUGUCAGAAACUGGAUAAGCCAGCUACAGAUGCAUGCAUAUUGUGAAAACCCAGAUAUAGUGCUAUGUGGAAACAAGAGUGAUCUGGAGGACCAGAGAGUAGUGAAAGAGGAGGAAGCCAGAGCACUUGCAGAGAAAUAUGGAAUCCCCUACUUUGAAACUAGUGCUGCCAAUGGGACAAACAUAAGCCAAGCGAUUGAGAUGCUUCUGGACCUGAUAAUGAAGCGGAUGGAACGGUGUGUGGACAAGUCCUGGAUUCCUGAAGGAGUGGUGCGAUCAAAUGGUCAUGCCUCUGCGGAUCAGUUAAGUGAAGAAAAGGAAAAAGGGGGAUGUGGCUGUUGAGAAGUCGAGUAAGUGGCAUAGCAGUUCAGGUGGCCCAUGCCUGGGAUCCUUCUCUAUGAUUGAUAGAUGGCACAGAGAGAGAUUAAUGGGCAUUGUGUACAAACUGCUUCUUGCCAUCCCCAUUAGACCUACCAGUAAAGCGUCUGGUUUUAGAAUUAAUUUGUUGCAGCUUUGUAAAUAUUUCUUUAAGAUUCAGCCUGAGAGUUAGGAGAAAUAUUUCAGAGCCAAAAGUGCCUUAUAAAACCUUAGCCUGUUAUAGUAAAUCAUUAAAGGAUUUAGAAUUUUGCAGUCACAGAAGAGUGUAUGAAUGAGGGUACUGUCACCGGCUUUAAUGUAAGUAGGCCAGAGUCUUACAUUUAAGAUCUUACAUGCAAUUAUAAAAUGGCCACAGUCUUGGAUCAAGAUUUAAAGACUCAUACCAUAGUUGACCUUCUAAAAUGCCAUUAAAGCCAGUUGCAUGUUAAAUAAGAAUACACAUGCACAUCAGCCCAAUGUCUUUGAGUAUUAAUUUUAUGUAGGCAUUCUAUUUAACAUGAACAGGACAAAUUAUGGCCGUAUCUAUAGAUCUUGGAUAAACUGCAUCGACUAGUUGUACACUCAUGGUGACUUUUUUGUUGGUGGAAAAGGGAUUGGGGUGUGACAGGGUGGCUUAAUGUAAUAUGAGCAGCUGAAGUGGGACUUCUGGCUCCCGCUAUAUUCCCGUUGCUGUGAAGGGUUGAUUGAAGGUUCAGGGAACUAGAUUUUGUGGCUUUAAUGCACUGUGAUUCCACAUUUAUACUUGGCCUAUGUGCUGGCUACAUCUGAACAUAGCUGGUGCUUAUGCUGAGUUAUUUGUGAUGAGUAAAUAUUUAGUUUCUUCAUAUUUAUAAUUUUGAUCCGGCAUUCUGUGGCUGCAGCUUAAUUAGCUUGUAAAUUACUCAUCUCUGUCUUUACCAGCAGGCUCUGUAUUGCUGAUAUUUGCAACUUGUUUUGCUUUUCCAUUGUUGGAAUUGAAGGAAUUAGUUUUCAAUUACAUAAAAUGCCUGUUUGCUAUUUGGUGGAAGAUAGAUGUACAUAUUGAAGCAGUUAUAUUUGUACUGUAGUUCAAUAAAAGAAAAAUGAAGUAUUCUGUAGCCUAUAAUUUUCAUUGAGCUCAUGAGCAUUUACUGUACUUGCUGGGUCUUGCCAAGAUCAUGUAUUCUGCUACGUUGCCAAAGUGUCUUCAUACCAAAUUAAAGGUGGUUUUAAUAUAUGUUUCAUGGAAGUCUUUAUAAAAUUCAAAGGUAUUUCAUUUAGGUGAAAAGUCUUAUUUAUUAAAGUGGUUUGAAUAAAGUAGAUGAAAAUUUCCAGAGAUCUUAAUGGCUAUUUAGGAAGAAAUAUCACUUAUUAUAAUUUAAAUAAAGAAUAAAAAUAAAUGUAUUUUGUGGUGGCAAAUAUUUGGCAGAACUGUAAUUAGAAAAAUACAAGUAUAUUUGGGUGAUGGUUACAUAAGAAGCCCAGACUUGACCACUACACAAUAUAUUCAUGUAUCUAAACCGCACUUGUAUCCCCUAAUUUUAUUUUGAAAUGAGGAAAAUUACAAGUAUAAUGAAAAAACCUAUUGUGUUUUUUGCCACUGUCCUUCCACUACUUCCAUAGCAAAGUUAGCCAUGGUGAGUACAAUUUUACAUAUUUCUAUCCUUGAAACGAAGGCUUCUUUUAAAUUCCAAAGAAGUCCCUGAGACCUGUGCAUUUGAAUUGUAUAUGCUAGUGAGGAAAAGAUUUAGAUAUUUCAAGAACAGGGUCAUAAUUACACAGUAGUGCCUUCUAUAGUUGCCGUAAGACUUCAGUGGAGUACAACAUAAUCUUACAGCUAUAUAUCAGGGCAUAUUUUGUAUGGUGUAUUUGUGUUAGAAUAACACAUUAAAUGUCUUUAAACAUAAAAAUAAGGAUGUUCGCAUGUUUUAGUUGUUAAGAACCAAAUGAGUAGUUCGCUGUAGAUUCCAUUGGCCUUAAACAUAUCAUACAAUUAAGUGUAUACAUGAUACAGUACACACUCAAGAGCCAGCUUUAAUUAUUGAAAUAACCUGUAUUCUUUUUGGAAAUCAUUUAAGUUUGGUAUUGAAGUACUGUAUUUUUUGUGCAUCGAUGUAUUUUUCUACUUACAAGCCUAUGUACAAGUGAAGCGUAUCUUCAGUGAACCAUGUGCCAAUUAAGCUAUAAUAAAAAAGUGGUCUAGUCUGUCAAA